AUGUGGUUCCACCACAACGUCAGCCUCACUGUCUCGCUCGCCGUCCGCACGCCGCCGCAGAACGUCACCAUGGUGCUCGACACCGGAAGCGAGCUGUCCUUGCUGUUCUACGCCAGGAACAACGUGAUGUCCUUCGGCCCGAGGAGCUCGGCCACCUUCGUCGCCGUGCCCUGCGCCUCCGCACAGUGCCGCUCCCGUGACGGCAUCGCCUCCGGCCCGCAACGGGGCGUCGACAGGUGCAGCGUGUCGCUCUCCUACGCGGACGGGUCCUCCUCUGACGCGUUCGACUCGUCCCCGGUCGGCGGCCCGAGCGCCGGGCUGCUGGGCAUGAACAGGGGCGCCCUCUCCUUCGCCUCGCGGGCCAGCACGCCACACUUCUCGUGCUGCAUCUCCGGCCACGACGAUGCCGUCGUGCUGCUCCUCGGACUCCCACAGCGACCUGCCCACCUUCCGCCGCUCAAAUACAUGCCCGUGUACCAGCCAGCCCUGCCGCUUCCGUACUUCGACCGCGUCGCCUACUCCGUCCAGCUCAUGGGCAUCGGCGUCGGCGAGGAAGGGGAUCGAGGCGACAAAGUUGUUUGCUUGCUACGUAUCAAUCCUACUUCACAUCAUCUUACUAUGUUUGCAUAUGCUAAAAAAUUCACUAAGUCCAAGUGCAACGCCUACCUCGAGGGCGUUGCACUAUACAGUGUGGCGCCUCCAAGCUAG